AUGCGUUUUCUUGUUUCAACUGAUGUCGCUUCCUUAUCAGAUGAAGAGAUAUCAAUACGACAACAGAUAAGGAGGAUGGCCAGUACAUUGUACGAAAUGCCAUUAAGGGCUCUUGUGCUUUGUGCUCAAGCUUCAGCUCAGUUAUGGCGUCGAAACGGUUUUUCACUAGUGAAUCAAAUUCAUAACUACUACUCUCCGCUUUGUCGAGCUGAAAUGUUUGAUCGUGACUUACUGAUGAUGCAGGUGGGAGCUGCCAUACGCCCUCCAACUGAUUUCCUGCUGCAUGUUAUUUGUCGCUUCCGACUAAUCCAAUGGGCUGAUCAGUCCGGUGAUGGGGGAUCCAAGCAAACACCGUUCGGAAAAAUGGAGCCGGAAGAAACUGGGAAGAUUAUCGUGAUUCUAGCUGAAGAAAUGUUACAUUUGCUCAUCAUGAUUGUUGAUUUUUACAAAGCCGCAUCCAUGGAUGAUUUGCGCAUAAGGGUCCCUCAUUUUAAACGCAUUCUUUGA